AUGUUUCGGCACGUCAUCGUUGCUACGGUCACCAUGUUCUUCCAACAAUUCACGAGCAUCAAUGCCGUCCUCUACGACGCACCGUCCAUAUUCGCAGCCCUGGACACCUCCAGCAACAAUACCAGCCUCCUCGCAACGGGAAUAGUAGGCACAGCGAUGCUUCUUGCCACCAUUCCUGCCGUCCUUUACAUUGAUAAGCUAGGGAGAAACCCCGUCUUGCUCACGGGAGCUGUGGGCAUGGCUAUCCGUCACACAAUCAUCGCCAUCCUCUUCGGCAUAAAACCAGCAUCAAUGGGCGACCCAUGA